GGCCGCAGCAUGAGCGCGGCGAGCGAUGCGUACGUCUUUAUAAAAGACAUAAAACCCGGACUGAAAAACUUAAAUGUCGUCUUUAUUGUGCUGGAGAUCGGGCGCGUCACCAAGACCAAGGACGGGCACGAGGUGAGGUCCUGCAAGGUGGCCGACAAGACGGGCAGCAUCACCAUCUCCGUGUGGGACGAGAUCGGCAGCCUCAUCCAGCCGGGGGACAUCAUCCGCCUCACCAAAGGGUAUGCAUCUCUGUGGAAAGGGUGCUUGACACUUUACACGGGACGAGGAGGCGAGCUGCAUAAAAUCGGGGAGUUCUGCAUGGUAUACUCAGAAGUGCCGAACUUCAGUGAGCCCAACUCAGAACACAUUGGACAGAACAAAAUGGCACAAGGUGAACAGAAUAAUAGUUCUGCAUCAAGUAAUAUGGGUUCUUGUACUUUCGGGCCACUGGGAAAUGGUUUACAAACUGGACCCGAAUCGAGUGGAUUUCCAUUUACAUAUAAUCACGGCCACUCUUACGCAAGUAGUGGGAGAGGCAAUGGACGAGGACCUGUAAAUCCAGCAACAGCUAAUAGUGUUCAGCCUCUUCCUCCUGCUGUCAGUAAUGGGAGGGACCCACGCAGAGCCUUUAAAAGAUGACUAUGCCAAAUGUGGUUGUACAGCUUGCUUAAACUCUACACUCUACUUGAACACUUAUUGCACUUUUAUUUAUGGUUAACUGUGAACCAGUUUGUCUUAUUUUUUUUUUUCCUUUUUGGUCUAUGGAGCAAACUUAAUGUGAUAUUGUUGUUUUGCUUAGGGAAGCACAGGGAGUCUUCCCAUAAAUUAAAGGAGUAGGGAGAAAAGGUGGAUAAUAAAGAGGGUUGAGGGGUAAUGGUUUGAAGAGUCUCAAUUAAAACUCAGUACCUUAUGUCAAGUGGAAGCAAAUUUUGGUAACGUGUAUGUAUUUUUCUGUUUCUCUUGGUCAACCGUAGAGCCUUAAAUGGUUUGUCAUGUCCUGUGUGCACAUACGUUGACUUCCAAUAGAGUUUAGUGGGAGUACUUCGUAUUGGAAGAGAAAUGAUGGAGAAGGGCAAUGAUGCCGUAGUGAACUAGGUGUCCUUAGAAUGAGUUGAGCUUGCAAAAGCAGUAAGUAUAAGGAAGUGAUGUGGUCAGCACUUUGUGGUGCCUCCUAAAUCAGAACUAUUAACGCAGAUAGAAGUUGAAGACCUCGGAAGUGUCUUGAGGCCUGACCUCUGAUUCCAAAAGAACUUCUCAAUACUUCUCAGUAAUACACCAUUAUCAGUGUCAAGGAGAGCAACACUGAUUAUUUUUUGCUUUGGGUAGAAGCUUGGAUACUCAUUCUUGCUUUGCUUGGAAUGUGACAUCUAAAUACAGGUAGCACUGUUCGUAGCUACUCCUGGUGUAGAAAGCUCAGAGCUGCUUUGACAGGACCCUGCAUCUCCAGGAAAGAAUGAGUUUCAGAAACUGUUCUCAAAUGCUGCAUUGCAUCUCUCUUCAAUGAGGCUGCCUACUUUUCCUUCAUUCACUUUUCCAAAUGAAUUAUACAUAAGAUCAUGCUGGAUGUGUUGAUUGCAGAGGUACUGGCCAAGCACACAGCUGCAGUUCUGAUGCUUUAAGCUUUUGUCCCUCUGUUUUAUAUGGAAUACGAGUUAUCCCUUAGAGAAAUUAACCCCCACCCCAAUCUUCCUGGGAGGGAAAUAGCUGUGGUUUUAUUUCUGUUAUGACAAAUGUUUUGAGUCUAGAUAUUAAGAGUUCUGUGCCAUAUUCCAGAUCAGGUUUAAAAUACAACUUUGAAGCUGAGAUGUCAUACUGGAUUCAUCUGUUUAACUCUUCUUAUAGCUGACCUCUCAAAUAAAAAUUGCACUAACCAUUUAAAAAACAAAUCUAACUCUCUUUGUCAAGCCAAAAAGACUUUGUGACAAAAUGCUAUUUCUGAAUUGCAAGUUGUCUCUGUCAUCCUUGUUAGUUGAAUAUAUCCCUAAAUUAUUGCUGUUUACAAGUUAUGUUUGAUAUGUUUGGUACUCUAUCAAGAUGUGUUGACAGUUGCCUCUAAGGGGCAAAGGUUCUUUGCUUAAUUCUGAAAUACCAAUCUGUCUUUUAAAAGCAGGUGGCAGCAGCAGCAAAUAUCUGAAGGGAGCUCUAGGGAGACUUGCGUGCUGUUUGUCUCCAGUUCAAGUGCUUUCCUGAUGCCUGCUGCCAAAUUUGUCUGGCGUACAGGGGAGGGUGACACGCCUCCUGAGGACACUCGCUGGUGCCGCUGCAGGACGACAGUGGUAACUUGUAAACCUUAAGCACGCCGUGAGUUCUGGGGAGGUGGUGUAAGGAAAUGUGUAACUCAGGGACUUCAAAUUGCUUAUGUAUUUAGAAAAAUAAGACCUCGCAUAGAGUAUAGACGUGUGGAGGAGCUUUUAUGUGGCGUUGCUUUAAGAUGUUUGAUAUGCUUGUGAGAAGGAAGCCAGGAGGACUGCUAAACCUGUGAAGUACACGUGACGUGUUCCAAAGGUAAAUGAGAUGCGAAUAUGGUGUGAGAGCUGUGCUUUGCAGUCACAGCUGUAACUGUAGUAAGCGAGCAGUGCAAUUGAUAGCACGGUGGUGACUUUGUAUUUGUUGGGAUUUCUCAGUCGUGGAUCUCUGCAAUCCCGGUGAUCUUGGUUUCUCUACGAUAAUAAAGAAGGUUGAUUAUAGUUCUGAACCCAUUCUCGGUGUAUGCUGAGGUACCUAUCUGGUGUUUUCAGCUCUAUGCAUUUGGGCUUUUUAUUAAGCUAAUAAAUGAAGUUGUUCACGUACAAAAUGGAGAUUACUGCUGAUAAAUGAUGUGAAGUUUAAAUGUUUGCUGUGAAAUGGACAAUUGAUUUGCAGUUGGGAGGAAAAAAGCACAAGAGGCUGGUCUCCGUGUUUUCAAGGUUAGUAACAUUCCUGCUUCGUGUAUCUUGUGUGAAACUAUUCCAGUUUAUUAAUGAAUUUUUACUUCUUUGCAGGGGAGAUCCGUGCCCUGAAAAGUCGCAUGGACUUAACGUAAAUAAUCAUAGCAACUUUUCAAGGUUCCUCUGAGCUUCCUGUGAACCUAAUACAAAACAGUUAUUUCCCUCAGAGGUAUCGGUGUCAAGAUAGAGAGCCCUCAACUUGUAGAGGCAUCUGCGAGCCUGCCUUGCAUCUGGAUCCUGUCACCUUGCUGUAUGGAGACUUGCACAGAAACAUUUCUCUGUAUAAACAAGCAGUGGUCACGAAUUU